AUGCUAGUUGGCCAAGGAAAAAAAUCUUAUCCAAUAUUCUUCUGUUUCCUGGCCUAUCAGUUGGAACUGUACUUAUUUGUGAAGCAGGAGAUCUUCCAAAGGGAUUUUGUGGAAAUUGGAACAUUGUCUUCCAUCACCAUAGCUUUUAUGGUCUACGUGCAAAUCACCUUUGGGGAAUGGUCGAACAGUAAAGUUGCCAAAAUUGUCGCCGCCAUUUUGGUUCUAGUUGCAGGUGGUUUUGCUGUGGUCACAGUCAUCCUGACUUUGAUGGACGAUAAUAAGAAGCAUAAGACUUCAGAUUCGUCAGUGUUUUACUAUGUAGUUAAUCUUACUGUAGUGGCUGUAUUCUCUUUAACCAGUGGAAUCUUACAGUUUAUUUUCAUUUCGGCAUGA